CCGGCUGGCGCCUGCUGCCAAGACUGCCUCAGAGUUGGCAGGUGCAGGUGGGGCAGGCACCAGGGCCAAACUCUUCAUGCCAACACAAUUUGGAGCCCAGAACGCCUUUGGCAGAGAGAAUUGGGCCGCUGGAUCCUGAGGGUGCAGAGGCUUUCACCCCCCGAGAUCAGGCUCACCCCCGGCCCUGUCUGCUUGGUCCCAGGCCGGCGGCGGUGGCAGUGACGGGGGUGCUGGUGCUGCUGGCCGUGCUCUGCAUGGUGUUUGUCCUGGGCGGAGGGAGCGCCAGCCACGAUCCUCUCUACUAUGUGUUCACCGUGUUCUCCUUCACCUCCGUCAUCGACCUCGUCAUCGCGCUGGAGCAGGACGGCUACAUCCAGGGCUACAUGGACUUCUACCUGAAGGAGGGUGAGCCGUACCUACGCACCGCCUACGGCAUCAUGAUCUGCUACUGGGACGGCAUCAUCCACUACCUGCUCUACCUCGCCAUGGUUGCAGCCAUUGACCAAAGAAAGAGCUACCGGAGCCUGGGUCUCUACUGGCUGGGCUCCAUCGUGAUGAGCAUCAUCGUCUUCUUGCCGGGGACCCUGAUAGGGAAGUACAGCUCGGAGAUCCAACCUGCCUUCCUGCUCAAUGUGCCCUACCUCCUGCUCCCCAUCUGGGCAGGGCAGAGGCUCUUCCAGCAGCCCAAGCCCCUGCCCUGCUCCACAGCUGACAAGGUGGCAGAAGAGCAGCGCAAAGGCCUGCACCAGCGGCCCUUGGACCUGGGCCUGAUCCUGUUCCUGCUCGUGGCUGGAGCCUUCACACUCUUCAGAGGGCUGGUGGUGCUGGACUGCCCGACCGAGUCGUGCUUCAACUACGUGUACCAGUACGAGCCGUGCCUGCGGGACCCCGUCACCUACCCCAAAGUGCAGAUGCUGGUCUACACCUUCUACUUCCUCCCGUACUUCGGGCUGUGCAUCUACGGGCUGGUGUGGCCCGGCUGCACCUGGAUGCCGGACUGGGCCCUGGUGUUCGCGGGCGCCAUCGCGCAGGCCCAGUUCUCGCAUGUCGGUGCCUCCCUGCACCAGCGCACGCCGUACCCGUACCGCACGCCCGAGGAGGCCUGGUGGAGCGUCCUCCUCGCCAACAGCCUGUACGCGCUGGGGCCGCACCUCCUGGCCUACCGCUGCCUCCGCAGCCCCGGCUUCUUCCAGCCGUCCGUGUCCAACCCCCCGCCCAUGGACAAGAAGCGCCAGUGAGGAGGGACCCGGUCCCAGCCCCUGCAGCGAGAAGCUCCAGCGCAGCCCAGACCGGGCAGCCCGCAUGCUGUGCAGGGCCUGGUUUGGUGGAGGGGGGCCAGGUUGCGACGGGGGGGGGCGUGGAAGGUUUUCCUUCUACCCCCCCAGAGCUGGGUCUCGCC